ACACUUUUAAAGGCUAUUUCAAAGCUAAUUUGAAUCAGAUAUUGUGAGAUUUUGCCAAGCUUCGGACUCUCAGAAAUUUGUCGAUUUUUCCAAUCAAAAUUGAAAUACUAAAAGCUUUCAGGUGUCAAAAAUGGGAGUCCGGCUUUAUCACCUGGCCUGGAUGACCCACCAGUUCCUUCAGCGUUCAAUAUAUUCCGACAGGGGUAAGGAUCAGCUGUAUACUCGGUUGUAGCGGACGUGAGAUCCAUUUUGUCAUGUUACAUUUGAGCACAUAGCCCUGCUAGAAUCUUGGUGUUCUACAGCUGCAUUAGUAGUCGUCUCGAGAUCUUCUUCCAACACACCAUCCAGAAAAUGUUCUUAGUUAUAACACCUCCACCGCAGCUAAAACGAGAUCCCAUUACAGGGGAAGAAACUUCAAUACCAUUACGAAAGCGAAGAGGAUUGCCAAAAGUUCACUCGGGUUGUACAACAUGCAAAACUCGACGAAUUAAAUGCGAUGAAGGUAAUCCAGAGUGCAAUCGCUGUAGAAUAUUUUAUAAAGGCACAUCUCAAAAGUGUAGCUAUUUAACACGUGAAAUUCCAAAAUCUAGAGUCGCAAUCAGGACGAUCCUACCGAAGGAGGUCGCGAAUAGUAUCGGGCAAUCACUUUUCAGUCAUGGUCCCAUAAACAGUGUUUCCGAUAUCACAUUCGAAAGUCCAAGACACUUUCAAUACUUUCGGUUUUUCUGUAGUGAUGUUACCACUCAAGUUUUCGGUGGAUUCUAUUCUGAACUGUGGAGCUGUGUCAUUCUUCAAGCAUGUCAUGAGGAACCAUGCAUUCUCCAAGCCGUUUGUGCAAUUGGGGCUCUCAGUAGGGUCAUGAAAGCGCGCAAGCAGGGCCAUCUUAUGACGAUGAAUGAUGAUUAUAGAUUUGCCAUACAGGAAUAUGGUAAAGCUCUUGGAGGAAUCAAAAAGCUCAUACCUAUCCGAAUGACUUUACUUGCCACAUUACUCAUAUUUUCCUUUGAGAACUUUCACGGAAAUCAAAUGGCGGCGAUAACUCAAAUCCAAAGCGCUGCGAGUUUACUGCAGGCAUGGAUGAAAGGCCGCGAAAAGCGUCAGAUAACGGAUCAAACAAUAUCACCCGCCCCGAAUAUUAUUGAAGACGCCAUUUUUGCCACGUUUCAUAGCACGCAUAUUGGGUUAGUUUCUGCCAUCGAUCCCACGAUUGCACAAGCACAAGAUAUCAUACAUGGAACUCAAAUGUAUAUUCCCAGCCUGAUUCCAACGCGAUUUACAAGCAUCGAUAAUGCAGGGGCAAAUUUCACGGCAAUUUGCAAGCAGGUCAUCAGCUUUCUCAUGAGCACAGUAACACUUAUCCGAGGAGGAGAAGAGCCCACGGAAGAUAAAAUAUCAGAUUCGGCAAUAUGGAAUCAUCGAAUGCUCGAUUGGUCUCCAGCAGCGGUUGAAUUCAAGGAGAUCUUAAACAAACUUGAUCAAUGGCAUAUUGCUUUUGAGCCAUUGGCCGCGCGCGUGAGAGAAGAAGAUGCCGAAAUUAUGAGAACUCGUGUGUUAGGAGCGCACUGGCUAACAACACGUAAUAGCUUUCAUUCGGCUUUCUUUCCACAUACUCCUGCUCAUUUCUAUCAAGGCAGCUUUGAAGAGGUCGUGGAAAUUUGCAAAAUAGUUGCUGCUCAUCCAAAUUUCGAAAAGGGAUUUGUGUUUCAUGCUGGAAUCAUACCAUCACUCAUGGCAGCGGCGAUGUUCGGGGUUAGUUCUACCCGGAAAAAGGCCAUAAAAGUACUGCUAGAUAUUGUACCUAGGAGAGAAGGUAACUGGGAUGCUGCAAUUUGUGCCAGAAAUGCUAUUGCUGCACUGAAAAUGGAAUAUGAUAAAUCAAGACAGGCUACUCGGGAAACGAAUAAGGUCGUGGAGGAUGUGUAGAACACAAUGUCAGGGAACGCUAAGACAUUAAGAAGAUUGAGUGCAUCCUACUGCACCAUUCCCAAAAAGAGGAUACAUCCAGCAUCGAGAUGAUAGGUAUGUUGGCAGAAUUGAUACAACCGAGGAUCUCUCGUCUAGGAGAGGGUGGGACAACAUCUCGCUUCAUUCGGUUUUGCAUACCUUUUGAUUAGCAGCACAUUGGGUCGUUUGAAGCCGAGAGAUUUUGGUUUUCUGCAUACAUUAUUUGCUCGCGCAACGGAAAGGGACUUUUAGAGUUUAAUGUUGUAGAUGUAUUAUUGCAGGCAAUAUGCAGCGAGUUCGAGGUAUAUCUGCUCAACACACACUGCUUUUGGCAGUUUGCUUGUUUGCUUGUAAACAACUGGAUACUAGUCAUUGUUCAAUUGGAUUGGCUCGCGGAUAUUAAUUUGUUAUUCUUCUUAUGUUUUUCAAUUCAAAAACAUGUUCUAUCUAUUUCUAAUCUUGUUUUUCGCUAUUUCACUAAUUCUGUUGUGGUUGUUCGAAUGGUAGUAGAUAUCUGAUUGAAUUCAAAACAA